AUGAAUCUGGCAAAUUAUUCUUACUUCUCUGGCAUGUGUAACAUGACCGCUGAGACGCAGCACUCGCCUGCCGAGGCAAGUCCUGUUGUCAUGUCUCCAAACGUGAGCCUGGACUCGCCGCUGCAGGCUCCGCCGCCUCUGAUGCUGCAGGCCCGGUCAAAGGACAAUGUUUUGAUCAAGUCUGAGCCCCGGGGGAGUAGUCCCAACACGGAGGAUGGAGCCGCUCUGGGGCAGACUGAGGAUCACCUGCCCACCGGGAGCCGCCGGAGGAAGAGGCCCGUCCAGAGGGGGAAACCCCCCUACAGCUACAUCGCUCUCAUCGCCAUGGCCAUUGCCAACUCCCCCGAGAGAAAGCUCACCCUGGGGGGCAUUUAUAAGUUCAUCAUGGAGCGUUUUCCUUUUUACAGGGAGAACUCGAAGAAGUGGCAAAACUCCAUCCGCCACAACCUCACCCUCAACGACUGUUUUGUGAAGAUCCCCCGGGAGCCCGGCAGACCAGGUAAAGGCAACUACUGGACUUUAGACCCCGCCGCUGAGGACAUGUUUGACAACGGGAGCUUUCUGAGGAGGAGGAAAAGAUUCAAGCGCACAGAUGUGAGCACCUACCCCGGCUACAUGCAGAGCUCCAGUGCGUUCACCCCAACCCCAAUGGGCAGGCCCUCGUACCCUAACACCCUGUACGCUGGGAUAGGGUCAGGUUAUGGCUCUCAGCUGACUGCCACAUCCCCGCAUCCGGCCAUGCUGCAUCACUACCAGACCUCCGCCGGGGUCGGCCAAGGACAGCCACGCAUGUUCAGCAUCGACAACAUCAUCAGCCAGCAGACGCAGGGAGACCUCAACUCCCAAGCGCUGGGGCUGGGUCUGGGGGGAGGUGACCUGGGCAACAUGACCUCCAGCUGCUCGGUCACCGGCACCGACCCGUCUGGGUGCUUCCAAACCCAGACUGUCAACCCUUCAGCGAACAUGCUGAGCAGAAACAGCGGGAACCUCUCAUCCAACCUGGCCGCCGGGUACCCGUACUCCUCCUCGGCCUCUCCUCCAAACCUGCCCACCAUGACCCAGUCCGGGUUCUCUCCAGGGAACUCUCAGGUGUACUGCUCCGGCAACCGGCUGUCCCUGCCGGCCCUGCGCCCGGGCUCCUGCGCCGAGCACACGGAGCAGCUGCUGGGACUCUCCAACCCCAUGAACUCCUACAACAACACCUACAUGAGACAAGCCAACUUUGCGUCAGGAUUAGAGCGGUAUAUGUGA